AUGGAAUCGUAUACAAAACAACGACCUUCUCUCUCGCUCUCCUCAUCAGCCAUGGACCUGGACACGGAUCGGAGAACACCAUCGCCAGUGCCUUCAUUGGGCCACGACGCCCUCCACACUCCCAUUGCAGAGAUGCCUACUCCGCCUGCUUUUGCAUCGACCUUUUCUCUGCCCAUUACUGCCGCCAAAAACCUGUCGGCUGGAGCCCACCGUUCUCCAGAUAUCACAAACGACAACGACUUAUUGCCUCCUUUACUGCCUCAGACCGAAACAUGUGGAAUCGAGAGACACGAUGUGUCUGUCAUUGGCGGCACUCCCGACUUUCUUCUACUGUACUGCUUCAACAUAGAGAGAGCGGUAAACUUUUACUCGCGUUGCUUCGGUUGGAAGUUUCAUGGGGACAUGAACGCCCAUCAGGCUGACGAUCCAUACAUGAGGCGAUGGGGAUCAUCCCACUUCGACACACAGCCCAUGAACUUUUUCAACUCAAGUCAGAGUGGUGACUCUCGCAUCACCGGUGCCCUGAUUCAGAUCAGAAGCACAGGAGAUGACGGUGCUCAUCUUGAACACAGGCGACAGAUGGCCAUGGCGGGUAGCGCAACGCCUUCGUGUCAUAUUCGAGUUGCUGAUAUUGAGACGGCCGAGUCAUUGAUCGAGUAUCAUUUCGGCGAGGUCAAGCAGCUACGGUUCGGUGUUCGACAAUGCAUUAUGGACAUUGGAGAGUUUGUCGACCCUGAAGGAAACUUGAUCGGGCUCGUAUCUCUUCACCCGGAAAAUGCUACAACCGCCAUGAGCGUGGAUGGAUGA